ACCCCGAGACCCGUUUUUGACCGGCCAUUUCCGAGAGUAUGUAAAAAUCAAUGUUUAUUUUCUUUAAAUCUAAAUUUUAAAAAUGCCUUACUGAAGCAUCGUAAACAUUAAAAUCGGACAAGUAAUUUUAGACCAAAAUCGUGAUCAUGCCCCUUUAAAGACCACAGAAAUUGACUCUGAUUUUUUUAUUUUCUGGGUUUUUUACUGUUGCUUUUCUUUUGAUAUGUUACUUCAUGAUAAAAUUGUAUUAAAGUAAAUUUAAACACCUUUCUAUGCCGGAAUUCUCACUUCACAAUAAAAGUAAAUAUUUGGAGGAGACACACAAAUAUAACAAUUUUUAGAGAAACAAACCACCAAAGAUGGGACAGAAUUUCUGAGCAUGAUUUAUAAAGAACUGCCCAAAAAUUUAGUGAAGUCAGAAUAUCAAGUUCAUUAGUUUGGCCGAAUCUGAACCAAGACUUAUUGGUCCCUUGUAUAUCUAAAGAAUAUCAGUUGGCCUAUAUCCAUCGGUUGUACAGGAAGCAUAUAUGUAUAUCAAGAAUGGAAUCGUAUUUAAUUGACUGACAAAUAUUUAAUAAAUCCCGAUUAAAUUAAUUGAUUCAUUUAUAACACCUAUUUAUAAAGUUUAUUGGAAAAAAUGUAACUGGUCACAUGAUCAAACAGACCUGUCAAAAUUUGCAUGACCAAUAAGCUUAAAGCUAUGCGUGAAAAAAUAAUUAGGUUGUUUCAAAUUUUACAAAGACUGCUUUGAAGAGAUAUUCUGUGAUAUAUUGGGGGUUUGAUCAAAGAAAACGAUGAAAAAUCACAGUUAACCACUUUACCAGCUAGUGUCAUCAAUUCCGUCCGCCAUGUUUUUGACGUGUUGUCGUAAAUUGAAAUUUCUUAUCAGCUCUUUAUUUACCCCAUUACCACAUGACCGUACAACGGAAACUAGGAACAUAAAAUGUGAGAAUGAGGUAUUGAACCAGGAAGCUGCCCCAGCAAAAUGGCGAUGGGACCCAAAGAUCGGAAUCGUAACGCCCCGAGUAAGAAUUUUGGGGGUAUGAUCGGAUCAAUUCUUCAGGGAGUACUCGCCACACCCAAACUUGUUGUUGAUAAAAAGACGAUCGAAAAAUCAUGGAAAUUGAUGGACAGAGUAGUGAAAUUGUGUCAACAUCCAAGAAUGAAUCUGAGAAACAGUCCUCCUUUCAUUUUGGAUUUAUUACCAGAUACUUACCAACAUCUUCGAUUAAUUUACAAUAAACACGACGAUAAACUAAAUACUUUGAAUGAAAAUGACUACUUCCGAGUGUUUAUAGAAAAUCUCAUGAACAAGUGCAAAGCCACAAUAAAACUUUUCAAGGAAGGGAAAGAGAAAAUGUUUGAUGAAAAUUCACAUUACAGACGAAAUUUAACCAAACUAUCAUUGGUGUUUUCUCACAUGCUAGCAGAGCUUAAGGCAAUAUAUCCAAAUGGACAAUUUGCAGGGGACAAUUUUCGCAUAACAAAGAGUGAUGCAGCAGAGUGGUGGCGAAAAUCAUUUGGAGAUCGGACCAUUGUAUCAUGGAAGAUGUUCCGACAGACCCUGCACGAGGCGCACCCAAUAAGUUCUCCACUGGAGGCUAUGGCAUUGAAAUCCACCAUUGAUCUGACCUGCAAUGACUAUAUCUCGGUCUUUGACUUCGAUGUAUUCACAAGACUUUUCCAGCCGUGGGUCAAUUUACUACGGAACUGGAAUGUAUUGGCAGUUACCCACCCUGGUUACGUAGCAUUUUUAACAUAUGAUGAAGUCAAAGCUAGACUUCAGAAAUAUGUCACCAAGCCAGGAAGUUACGUCUUUCGACUGAGCUGCACAAGACUAGGGCAGUGGGCCAUUGGCUAUGUGACAGUAGAGGGCCAAAUCUUACAGACCAUUCCUCAGAACAAGUCUCUCUGUCAGGCUCUGCUGGACGGCCAGAGGGAAGGAUUCUUCAAGUAUCCCGAUGGACGCUCCAUUAACCCUGACCUGAGUUUCCUUGUCCAGGAUUGUGAAGAGGAUCACAUUAAAGUUACUCAGGAGCAGUACGAGUUGUAUUGCGAAAUGGGGUCCACUUUCCAGCUUUGCAAAAUCUGUGCUGAAAAUGACAAGGAUAUUCGAAUAGAACCCUGCGGUCAUCUCCUCUGCACACCAUGCUUAACACAGUGGCAGGACUCAGAUGGACAAGGAUGUCCAUUCUGUCGCUGUGAAAUCAAAGGCACCGAGCAAGUUGUUGUAGAUCCUUUCAACGAACACCACGAAAGAGUCAAACAUGUGGAACCCAAGAGAAAGCGAUGUUCUCGUCACAUGUUUGAGGAUGACAUUGCCGAUGAUGACUCAGAUGGUCAAGGAUGUCCAUUUUGUCGAGCAGAAAUCAAAGGGACAGACUCAGUGGUAGUGGACCCAUUUAGUGCCCAGCUGACCUCGAGAUCAGACUCGUUCAAAGCCCAUAACAGCACGCCCACUGCUGUCCACUCUAUCAACGAGGAUCAGGAAGAUUCUGAUCAUGGUGAACUUGACAAAGAUCAUCAGUGGAUCUCUAAUAACCUGCAUGCCCAGGUAGUUCUUAAUCAAUGUCUGAAUCAUUCAAGAGAUUCUCCCACAAUUCCAAAAAGAGAUUUACCUCCACCAGUCCCUCCUAGAAGAUCCUCUCCAGUGCCAUCCCCCAGUGUCUCACCAACAUCAUCCCCCAAACCACCCAGUCGCAGACAGCUACCACCCACUCCGCCGGUUGACCCCUCUCAAAUUCCGCAACCUGUGUCAAAAGCUAUUUGUACAGACGUUGUUGAUGGAGUAGCUCGAAAUCACACAGGAAUUUCCUAUGCUGAACUUCGGUAUGAUGUUCCAUCCAAUAUUUCUACGGUUGGCUCUGAACCUUCUGCAUCCGUAAAUUCUUUUGAAUGCAACAAUCUUUCUAAUGAUCACAAGGAGGCAGAAUCAGCUAAUCACAAAGGAGGGACACUUUUCUCUGUCACAGGUAACAGUAAGCCCCCUCUGAGGCGCACACCCACAGACUACGACCUACCCCCCUUGCCAGCACCAAGGAAACAACCAGGAGAAAAAAAACUAUCUGAUCCUACUCAUGAUGACAACAAGGAUAUACAACUUCCUGUUCGGAAUCGUUUACGAGAGACAAAUGAUAACAAUAAGGAAAACAGUAUAGAUGAAGUUCAGGUGGACCAUCUCGUUGCCAAGGGCUACGACCGUUUACGAGUGGUGGAUGCUCUGAGAGUGGCGAGAAAUAACAUGACCAUGGCUGAGGAAAUUCUGGAAACAUUUGUCAGGCAUUGAGGGUUUAUGCUUGGGUUAUUUUAUAUCAGGCUUUCAAGUGCUCAGUUCUAUGAAUUUUACUUCCUGCAGACAGUAUGUUAAUAUAAGGACUUGCUUUGGUGCUCCAUUCAUGUGACAGGCGUGUACAGACGUCGUCUGUGAAGUACAUAUGUAAUUAUCUCCCUUUACCAUGUUUACCUUGGAGACUAUUAUAGGCUCUUGACUUCUGUUUUGAAUUUUUGAAUUUUUUUUUUAAAAUUACCAAAAUGUAUUGCUUGAAUAUUUGUGCAUAUAACUUAAUUUAUACAAUAUCAUGUACCUAUGAAUGGAAGUUAACUUCCUUAGAUUUACCAAGUACAUUGUAUAUUUAUGAAUGUGAUGAUAAGCUAUUUUCAAAUAUGUAAUAUGUAUUCUGGCAAACUUAAAGUUUAUGUGUACAUUUACAAGAAGUAUUAAAAGGGUGUUUUAUAGGAUAUUUAUCAGCAUUUUUAAUCAAAGCCAAGAUAUACAGGAAUACUUGAUUUUUUUUUUUGGCCUUUCUUUAUGGCUUAAUAAUACUGUAACAGGAGAAGCCAAGUUUGUCCCAAUUUGUACCUACCGGGUAUUCAAGCUAACGAUUGGUCUAUAAUUGUCAAUUUCUCUAAAUUUUUAAAAUUUAUAUAAGUUAUGAAAUUAUCCUAGUAUUAAUACAAAGAAGAGAAAUAGAGUAGAAUAUAUUUUCCAAAUUAACGUCUCAUCGGGCAUGUCAAUAUAAAGUAUUCCAUUCGAUGAUCACAGCAAAAAGGAAAAAUCCGAGGCUUGUUAAUCUAAUGAAGAAGCAGCCAUUGAUUGGUUAACUAGGGGCAGCUUAUAGUUUUAUGAAACCUUAACAAGUUGAUCUUGUUGUGAAAAUUAAAUAAUUCAGGUACUGUGAUACCGACAAAUUAUUUUGUGUCUUGGCUUGUCUUAAAUUUGCACUCUACAUGUAUACUUAUAAAGAAUUAUUUAUUUUGUGUCUAUUGUGCAUGCAGAUUAUUUAAUACUGUACAUACAAAGCAUUUUGUGGGUAUGUAUAUCUAUCUAUAUAUUUUUUGUUACUAGUAGGUCCCAAGGACCAGCGAUUGGCUGACUUAGUUAUAUUUGGUUGCUUGUGUAUUACAGGGUUGACCCCAUUAGCAAACCAAUUUUUUUUUCUCUCAAUGAAAAAGUUUAUAAAAUGUACAGGAUAUAUUGGCCAAGUUGGUUAUUUUCAAGAUUUGUUUUUGUUUUUUUUUUGCCUUUUACAGUGCACAGCGAUGCAUAGUAAUCGGUCAAUUCAUCAUUUAUCAAGUUCAUUUCCUGUCUUCCCAUAUUCCAGUUACUAGUAUUUAAAGAGUCUGGCCAUCUUGUUUUGUGUGCAAUGAUAUUUGAAUUUAGAAGGGUUGUACCAAUCUGAAUGUACCAAUAUAUAAACAUUUAUUUCAACAUGAUGUGAGUUAAAUCAUGGGAAUUUAAUUAACAAGAGUAUUAAUUGGAAAGGGGUAAUGAUUUCAAGAAUUUUUUUAAGACACCAUAUUUUGAUGCAUGUACAUAAUACAUAGUUCUUGCCAUCCGACAAAGUUUUUUGUAAAUAUAACAAUGCAAAUAUUGACCACUUCAUAUUUCUUGGCCUGGACACUGAAUCUCUCAAUCACUGUGAACCUGCUAUUCAUUGUUUUAUUAUCAACUAUAAUACAUGGUAUAUUUACUUUUUCAUAGAUUAAUUGCUUUUUCCCACAACAGUUUUCUAGCAGUAUAUAGUUUAUUUCUCCCUUCCUGUGCAUUGAAUUGUGGCAAUUUGGAUUACAUUUUACUUUUUUCACCAUCAAUGCAAUUUGAUUGUACCCAUAUUAGCAAUUGGUCCAAAAUCAUGAUUAAGGGUGUUGUUUACUCAGGGUUUGAGUUCUCAAAUUCGGAUUGUUAAAAAGUUCAAUGUAAUGAGUAAAAUUUGUUCUAAACAAAAAAAGUAUUAAUAAAAUGAAUUAUUAUUGACAAAACAUUUGAUAUUUUUACUUUAUUACGUAAUUAGGCUCAAACAAAAAUAGACUUUAAGCCAAACAGAGGAAAUUCGGACUAAAUUUUGCAGAUUUUGUUUUCCACUAAAACAUUUUUGGCAGUACUCUAAUAUUGAAAGUUAAGAUUAUAUAUUUUAGUCUAAUUUUUCAAAUUUUCAGCUGGUUUUACCUCACUUAUUCACUGAAAUAAUUGUAUGGCAAGAAUUGCGAAAAUAUUAAAAAAUGCUUAAAAACGAUAAAAGACACCAUAUCUCAAAAUUUUGAUCAUUGACCUCAUAUAAAUUAUAUGCCAACAGAAUAAGGUCAAUAUAAGUAGUUCAAUACUAUAAAUCUUUUUGUAUUAUCAUCAUUCAAUUUUUUGUAAACUUAGAUCAAAAAUGGGUAGGAAUUUGAAAACUGAUAGAGGAAAUUCGGACUGGAAUAUUUUUUCAAAUUGUAGCUAAAAUCUUAAUGUUUUGUACCUAUUUAGUGCCACUGCCAUUCAUAAAAUGUAUUUAAUUAUUUAAAGUGUUUUAUUAUUUGAAAAAUAUUUACAAUUAAGAAAAUUUCAAUUGUAGUGUAAAAUUUUAUGGGAUUUUUCUUGAUUUUUCCAAAAAUAUUCAAUGGCCAUUUACCCAAAAAGUAGGUCAUUGACCUACUUUUUUGAAAGUGAAAAAUAACACUACAAUCAAAGGUCUAUAACAUACAAUAGAUGGGGUUUCAUUAUCAUCAGUGGAAUUUUUUUCAAUCUGAGUAAACGUCAUCCUUAAAUCACAUUUGCAGAGAUCAAACAAGUUAAUUAAUUUCUAACUUAAUUAUUCCUAGUUAAGAGAAUCAUGACUCAGGUUUAUUCCAAAUGGUUAGAUCUAUUUUUUGGUGAUAACACAUGAAAAAAUAACAGGCAUUUUAGGAUGGUUGGGAUCUGAAACUAUUAAUAGGAUAAUGGCUGCCUCUUGAUAUACCAUGCACCCCCUUUCCCAUUCAGAGUUCUAAGAUUUCAUUUUUUUUAUCUGAUUUCAGUGUACGUUUUUGGUCAUAAUUACAAUGUUUAUGAAUGUAUGAAGUGGCAUGAGGUAUGAUAAUUGUACUUACAUGUAUAUUGCGAUAUUACCUUUUUCACUAGGCAAGAAUAAUGCAAGAUUUACUGCAAUAUGUGUAGUGUGGAAGUCUAGUAACAGGUAAUCGUCAUUUUAAAGUAUUCAUUAAAGCAACAGUCCCGGUUUACAAUAGGUUGAAAGUUUCUUUGCAAAGAAAUACACGUAAUCCUAAAAAGAUCACAAUUUUCAAUAAAUAAGCAUCUGUCCUUUCAUUUCCAUUUGAUGUAUUGCUCUACAUAAACUGUACGUACAAAAUUCAGUGUUGAAAACGGGUAGCUUUUAAAUCAGUGAGAUGAUGUCUAUAAUGUGUGGCAAAAAUGAUAUUGAAACAUUACUUCUGUAAACAGAAGAAAAACUAGGAAUAGCAAAAACCAAAAAAGGAUGUUUAAGUUUAAAUUCAGGUAAACUGUCGGUGUUACGGACUUUUUUUCACUGUGACAAAGCUAUAUUAAUAGCAAAUGCUACAUGUAAUCACCAUAUCACCAUGCUCUUAGAGCAGUCCAAUUUUUUAUAGAGGUUUAAAAUUAAGGUAGUUCUCAAUAUUUCCUGGUCUAAUUAUUUUACAAAAUAAAGCAAAUCAAAAUAGUUUAAGUGGCAACAUGUCAUAUGCUUAUGAUUUUUGUCUCAUGCAUGUCUAAUUAUUAUCAAUCCCCAAUGUAGCUCUGUUUUGUAGACUCAAACCUUCCAUGAAGGUAACUAGGGGUGCCGGGUAACUAGCAUGCAGUCGAAUUAUCAGGGAGAUUGUGGCUCCUGAAGGUUUUUUUUUUUUUGUAAUAUAUUCUGCAAUGACAUUUUAAUUGCAAUUUUGAAAGUUUGGUCAGACAUGCAUACUGUGAUAGCUGUGUGUUUAAAGUGCAUGCUGUACUUAAACCAUCUGAUGGGUACACUCCGCAGAGAGUGGGGGGAUAUAACAUACAUGUACAAUUUCAACAGAUUUUUUUUUUAUUGGAGACUUUGUUAUUAAUUUAGUUGUAUGCGAGAGUAUGUAUGUAUUGUUUCUUCAUUGUUAUUUGUUCCAUUAUGACAUCAAGACCAGUCAGGUCCUAUUAAAAACUUAAGAAAAACA